CCACAAAUAACACUAUGUUGAAUUUAGUGAGUCAAGCUCUCACUAAAAUACUUACACUUCUAAACUAUAAACCUAUGAGAUUAAAUUGGACUCGAUAGCCAAUUAGACCUCAUAUUUGAAAAUAGGACUCCAUGCAUUAACAAAAUAUUUAUGUGAAUAGUUGAAAACUCACAAAUAUUGUCAAUUGAUAAGGAUUCAAAAAUUGAAACUGGAUUGUCGAAAAACACUUGUUUUAUUAAAUAGAGUGACCAAAUUUGAUAUUAACAUUUUCUAGUGAAUAAACAUGACACAAUUUAACAAUCACAGUGAUCAAAUGUGGCAUUAACUCGAUAAAAAAAAUGAAAAAAGAAAAUGAGAUAAAUAUGUGUCCACUUGCAAAUGAAAGAAAAUAAUAAAAGAAAUAAAAAUUAUGCAAAGAUAUGUGGACUUAGUGUAAUCCCACUAAAAUUGACGAAAUUUUAAAAAUGAUUUUAAUGAAUAAUGAAUGCUAAAACUAUAGCGCAAUAUAUUAAAGUGUAAAAACCAAGUGUGAACACAAGCAUACAACGUACGCCUGAUGUACGCUAGCCUUUGCCAUAUAUAUAUAUAUAUAUAUAUAUAUAUAUAUAUAGUCGCGUCUUAGGUGCACACAUUUUUUCGGGUGCAUUCAGUGCACUUGCUUCAUAACCGACAUUUUAAACAUGCGAUUUAUGUCAAAAUGAUGUUAAUCAUCACUUAUGAUGUGAUGAACGAUAACACACAUGAAUUUGCACAAAAAUCAUUGAAGAUUUACUUUAAUUUGAGGGAUUUAGAGUUUAGAUAUUUAUGGUUAGGGUUAGGGUUAGAGUUUACAAUUUGGGGUUUAGGGAUAAAACUCAAAAUUGGAGGUCUAGAGCUUAGGGUAAUCCGCUAAUUAGUUGUUAUUCAUCAUAUUACACUAAUUCUACAAAUUAAAAUUCAAAAUCCGACACCUUAAAACUAGUUUUUGAGUUGGGUGCAUUGAACGCACUAAGUAGUCACCAUAUAAGUUUUACUUUAUUACCAAAUUUAAGUUUUAUUUAAAAUAACACAUUUUGUGCUCAUUCUCAGCUUUCGGUAAAGUUUACUAAUCUACAAAUUAAUAAAAUCUAAAAUUCAACUCACAUACAAAAAAUUCAUUGGAAAAAAAUAUUUUGUAAUUAACAGUAGAAGUAUACUUUCACACAUUGUCUAGUGUGCGCUGUUUAGCAGCUUGAUGAUUCGAUUUAUAUUGUAUAUAGAUUUUCAAAAAAAAAAAAAAAAACAAAGAAAGAAAGAUUUAUAUUGUAUAUACAUACAUACAUACAUAUCAGAGGCAUAAAGCAUCGAGUGUCCAAUGUAUACAAGCCAUUACCAUAAAUCUCUCCGUCCGUUGCCACUCAACCGAGAUGAGGUGAACACUAACACACUUGGAUUUUAACGAGUUCUGGGUGGUGCGGCAACAGAUCGAAACGUCCCGACUUGUAUUUCCAUAUCUUUCCCCUUUCUGUUUAACCACUUACCAGCUGUGCGGCGAUACAAAGAUUCCGCCACAUCUGCGGAGCGCUGAAUGCUGCCUCUUCUAUAUAAGCUACUUCUUCUAUGUCGAUCCAUAUAUCAAUCAACAUAUUGAUACAUUUCCAAAUAACAAGGUGGCCGGCCUCGCCGAUGCAAGCUGCGGCUGUAAUAAUAAUAGUGAUGGCGGCGACUUUUCUGAGCGAUUCCGGGAGAGCGGCCCAGUAUUGCGGUUGCGGGCUAGCAGACGAUCAGCAGAACUUCCCCGUUUACGCACACGCUCUUCUUGAAGAUCUAGUGACGAGUGGGCCUUUCCAAAAGAGAGACCCAGCCUCCGGCUACAUCAACUACUUCACAAACAAUCCAGCAUUCGCAGGCAAGGGCGCCGCUCACGGCUCCGCCAUCUGCGCUCGCCGCCUGACUGUGAGUGAGUGCCAUACAUGUAUUUCUGAUGCGCGAGAGUAUUUGCGGCCGUGCGAAACCUAUGUUUGCGGAGGGGCUGCUUAUGCUAAUAAGUGCAGCGUUGAGUUCUGGCAAAUAAUCGAAUGACGCGUAUUAGAUCGAGUACGGAUUAAGUAUGGAUAUACCGUCUAUUCUAGAGUUUUCUCCGUAGCGUGCUCUAGUUAUGUUUCUUAUCAAAGUUGUAGAUGUUUCGUAUCUUCCCUAAAUUGUAUUAGAGUGAAGUCUGUGUAUGUAAUUUGUUGAAAAUGGAUAGCUUUUCGAAAUCUAUAAGUCUCAAGAGGAAAAACUAUCAUAUUAGUGAUUUUACAUUUAUCAAAGAUGUAUAAGGAUAGAUGCCUCUCAUUUAGGGGGCUUGGUUCUUGGGGUGACUCACUUUUGCGAGAGGGUGGGUGAAUAUGCUUGAGACUAAUACUAUUUUUUUUUGAAGAAAUCCCGAGAUUAUUCACUUAUUAAGUAUUAUGAAUUAAUUAUUUUGUAUCCUUAACAUAGACGAGAUAAUUAAGUCAAAGAAAUAUUCGAGAGAUAAUUCAGCAUGAAUUAUCUUAUUCGUGGUGUCCCAGCUCUUAUAAAUAGUUGUCUCCUAAGCCCCUCUAGAUACAACAUCAAAUAGCAAAAACACAAGCGAGAGAGUAUUCAUAUAGCUCCGAGUUUUGCAUAAAACUGACGAGCAUCCUACACGAGCUGUUUUAUCCUGGAGGCGACCGGUUGAUAGUCUGUCGUGCGCAACGAAAGCAGUGUCGCGAACGUCUUAAAGAGCGCAACCUAGCUGGCGACUCAGCUCCAGGUUUGGGAACCCUUAGUUUUCAUUGCUACUUUACUAACAAUUUUAAGACAUUGUGCUGCAGCUAUGGCGACUGAAUAGAACACGACUGGAUCUGGCAUUGUCGAUAUCAAUCGACCCUUCCACUUCCUUGGAGUCCACUUACGUCACUGUAGACAGAAGAUGCUCUUCUACCUAACGACCAAGAAGCUGAAGUACUGUCUCACCAACAUGCCGACGGAGCUGACCAAAGAGUCGACUAAUGCGGAGAGGAUUGUUGCCGCAAAGCUGAAAGAGGAUGACUUCCUUUACGACUACUACGCGAACUAGAACAACACCGCGAUGAUGGUUCGGGAUGCUCUCCAGAAGAAGUAGGACACAAAGGAGAUUUGAUCCCAGAAGUAUGUCGUCAGCCUAUACCUAUGCUGCCAGAUGGUGGACGACAAGUUAGUCGAGAUUCAAUCACAUGAACUUCAGAAAAUAGCUCAUGAGAUCGUCUCUGAAAGUAUGCCUCUGGACGAUCAGUUUCAAAUUUCUUGCAUAAUUGAUAAGCUUCCCCAUUCCUGGAAAUAUUUUAAGAAUAUACUUAGACAUAAAACUAAAGAAUUUUCACUGGAAAGUUUGAUUAUUCGCCUAAGUAUAGAGAACGAAUCUCACAAACAAGAUAUGAAAAUGAGGUGAUGGUCGUCAUUUGUCAAUACUAGACGACCAAUCCCUAGAUCUCUGAAACCAAACCAUAAGGGUUUCAAGAGUUAGAAUAAUAAGGUUCGUCCCAAUCAGAGUGGUGCCCCUCGGGGCUACCAAAGAGCGAAGGCCCAACCCUCUAAGAGUGAACUCCCGUUUCUCUACUAUAUUUGUGGGAAACCAGGUCAUAUGGCACGAAAGUGCAGGAACAAGCUAGGCUAACACUAGUUUUGGUGUUAACUUGACAAAAGAGGACUCGGUGGCCAUGAUCACGGACAUGAUAACUAAAGUCAACCUCACUAAUGACUUAGAAGGAUGGUGGUUGGAUACAUAAUAAUGAGAGUUUUGUGGGAUAUGGAUAUGCUUGUCAUGAAAUGUUUAAGUUGAAUGCUUUCUUGAACAACGUGGUACACCAAAUGGAUGUUAAAAUUACCUUACUGAAUGGUGAUUUAGACGAAGAACUUUAUAUGGAACAACCUGAAGGGUUUGUUUUUCCUGAACAUGUCUCGAAAGUCUGUAAAUUAGACAAAUCAUUGUAUGGUUUGAAAGAGACUCCAAAACCGUGGCAUGAGAAGUUUGAUAAUCUGGUUAUGGUCGUACUCUAGACCGUGUGGGGCUCGUAAAAUCAACUUCCAAAUCAUCC